UAUAUAUAUAUGUGUGUGUGUGUGUGUUCUUCAAGACAGAGGCAUUGAAGGCGGUUCAUCAAAUAAACAUAAAAAGGGCUCAUUAUAGAUAGACAUAUUGCUACCCACUUAAAACACAUUUCCAUUUCAUUAUUUAUUUCCUGUCCUUUUCUUAUCGGGUCUUUGGUUGAAAGCAUGCAGAGCUCUAAACCACACGCAGCUCUCCUCUCAAGCCCAGGUAUGGGCCAUCUUAUCCCCGUACUCCAACUCGGUAAACUCCUCGUCACCCAGCACAACUUUACCGUCACCAUCUUCGUCGUCGCUUCUCAUACUUCCGGCGGUGAGUGGGAAGUUCUCAGAUCCUCCAUGACUUCACCAUUCUGCGACAUCGUCGAACUGCCUCCGGUUGACAUCUCAGGCCUCAUCCAUCCCGGUGCCGCUGUCGUUACCGUGAUCUCUGUAAUGAUGCGCGAAUCCAAACCGGCCCUCCGGUCCGCCAUCUCCGCCAUGAAGCUGCCACCGACUUUACUCAUCGACGACCUUUUCGGGACUGAAUCUUUAGAAAUCGCCAAUGAAUUGGGGAUUCCGAAGUACGUUUACAUGGCUUCCAACGCCUGGUUUCUGGCUCUGACUUUAUAUGUUCCGACUCUGGAUAAGUUGGUCGAAGGAGAGUAUGUAGAGCAAACGGAGUCGUUUCGUGUUCCGGGUUGCAGACCGGUAAAACCCGAAGUAGUGGUGGAUCCGAUGUUGGACCGAACCGAUCAGCAAUACAGUGAAUACCUACGCAUAGGGAUCGAAUUCCCGAAAGCGGAUGGCAUUUUGGUAAAUACAUGGGAAGAAUUACAGCCUCAAGCACUCGCAGCACUGAGAGACGUGAAGCUUCUCGGAGGUUUAGCCAAAAACCAUCCAAUUUAUCCGGUUGGACCAUUAACGAGGCCGGUCGGAUCACCAAGUUCGCGAACUAACAAGCAACUGUUUGGAUGGCUAGAGAAACAACCUCAUGAAUCGGUGUUGUUUGUUUCAUUCGGAAGCGGUGGGACAUUGUCGUACGAGCAAAUGAAUGAGGUGGCUUGGGGUAUAGAAUUGAGCCAGCAGAGAUUCGUUUGGGUAGUGCGCACACCCACCGUGACAAAUAGAGACGCGGCUUUUUUCACCUCAGGGACGGGAGCUGAUGAUGAUGGUCCGUCGAAUUACCUACCGGAAGGAUUCGUGGACCGAACCCGUGAAAUGGGCCUGCUGGUUCCGGUUUGGGCUCCUCAGGUGGACAUCCUCAGCCACCCAUCUGUGGGUGGGUUUUUGAGUCACUGCGGUUGGAAUUCAACACUCGAGAGUAUCACAAAUGGAGUGCCGAUGAUUACAUGGCCACUGUAUGCAGAGCAGAGAAUGAAUGCCACUUUGCUUAGGGAAGAGCUCGGCGUGGCGGUGGGACCCGAGGCAUUGCCGUCGAAGAAAUUAGUUGGGAGGGAUGAAAUAGCGAAGCUGGUGAGGAAGAUAAUGGUGGAUGAAGAAGGAUUUGGAAUAAGGGCUAAAGUGAAGGAGUUAAAACGAAGUGCAGAGAAAGCUUUGUCCAAAGGUGAUUCAUCUCAUCGUGCACUGUCGCUAUUUGCUGAAGUUUGUGAGGUUCAACAGAAUGCCUGAAAUUUGGUGGAUUGCUAUUAGUUCUGCGGGGUUUCCAAUCAUGAAUGUCUUCUUAUAAAUAAAUUUUUUGUUGUUGUUGUUUUUCACGCUGCUUGCUGAAGUUUUUGAGGUUAAAGAGAAUGCCUGAAAUUUGGUGGAUUGCUAUUAGUUCUUUCACGUUUCCGAUCAUUAUCUCUUAUAGAUAAUUUUUUUUCUUUUCUAUUAUUCGAAAUGUGGUGGUUGGCUUAUAGAUUCAUUUGGUAGUAAAGAUUGUAUAAUAUUAAUUUUGUUAUAUUGUAUUAAACUGGAUGGUAUUGUAUUAUAUAUAUAUGGUUGCACUGUA